AUCGGUCUCCCAGCCAGACCAUAUCUGUGUAACAGCACGCAGCUUGAAAAGGGGUGAGAGUAUAUAAGGACAGGCCGCCCAUGUGCCUAUUACCAUGGACACCAGCGAGCUGCUCAAUCCCUUGGAAUCGAUGGAUCCAAACCGCGGGGUAGAGGAGGUCGUCGACCUCCGGGCAUUGGAGUAUGUCUCCAAAUACGAUGAACAUCUGAUGUGCCCGAUAUGCCACUGUCCGUUCGUCAGACCGUUACGACUGCAAUGCGACCACGUCUUUUGUCAGAAGUGUUUGAAUGAUGCUAUCACAUCUGCAAACUCCGAUCCACGCAACUUCCGCUGCCCGUCGUGUCGUUCUCGAGCAAGCGAGAUCUUCGGUAACGUGCCGCGCAUAUUAAUCAACAUGUGUGAUGAUGUCCAAGUACGAUGCCCGUAUUCGGGCGAGGGAUGUAAGGAGGUCAUGUCUCGAGGACAUGUGCAGUUGCAUGUGGAUAAGCACUGCGACUACAGGUUGCUGGAAUGUCCAAGCUUGACAUGUACACAGAAGACACGCAAGAAAAACAUGACAGCCGAAAGGAAGUGUAUGCAUAUGGUUCUGCGAUGUGAAGCGUGCGAGGAGGGCGUGAUGGAGCAGGACUUGGAAGUGGGUUCCCUAUAAACGGGUCUGUCUCAAUACCUGCUAACUGUUUUAAUUUACAGGAUCAUCAGAAUGAAUUCUGUCCAAGCUUACGUACAAAAUGCCCUGAUUGUGAUGCUUUGGUAUUCCGCAGUGCUUUGGA